CACUCCCUUGCCCAGGGUCACUCUUGCGUGGUCGAGUAUGGUGUUCAAGCGAUUUCGUCGGUUCUCGGCGGUUUUCCAGCCCCGGGAUGCAUUCCGGCAGCUGCGCCUCGUCGAGGGCGUUCCGGAGGUGCCCGGCUCCUCCUGAUCGGCCGCUGGAGAGCCGAGCUGCGACCCGCAAGCCAAAAGGCAGUCGAGGAUCCCUGUUGCGGGAGCUACGCCCAGGAGUUUCCUGCUCAGCGUGUCGCGCCGCCGGUUCCGGUACACCACGCCUCGGCGCGACGCGCUGGCACUGUCCACACGUCCACGCGUCGAGUCGGUGCACCCGAGAUGGACACGGCACAUGCUGUCCCAAAAGGUCAGCGGCCGCCGUUGGGCGGAGGGCUCCUCUUUCAAGCGGAAGGCGUCCGCGGCGACAUCGGCAGCGAGUCGUGCUUCAAAUCGGUAGAAGAAUGACUGCCGGUCUUCGUCUUCAUUCUUCACCGGUUUUGAUCGUACCGGAUCAGCUUUUGGAGGUCCGCUCGGAUCCUUGGUCGCUCGGCACCCCUCCCUGUCGUGCGGAGCGCGCCCAGGGGCGGCGCUGGAGGCGCCGGCAGAGAGGCCCCUCGCCGAUCCAAGACAUCCGCGCGGACCUCCACAGGUAGGUGUUUGUGCUGUGUUUUGCCCUCCCGAGGAGACAGCCUGCGGCGCGAACUCCCUAAGAAUGCCGAGGGCGAGGCUUCUGCGGGCCACGUACCCAGCAGGGCCCAGGCCCGCCCCCCCAUUGCUCCCUCCUCCCUCAUCGCAUCGUCAGCGCCGCCAGCGGGCCGCAGCUAUGCUUGGCGCGAGUUCUGUGCCCUCUUUGGUCGAAUUGCCGGCGGCAGGCCCAAAGGCCGAGAGCCGCAUGCGGCCAUCGACGACAUUCCCGGGCCCCGAGUCGCGCGCGGGCCGCCCUUUCUCCAGGUGGACCCCGGAGGGCGACGAGCCGCUCGGUGGCAGGCAGCGGGCACUCACCGCCGAUGAUCCGGUCACUCAGCCCGGCUACGGGUGGGAGAGGGAGAUGGCGACGCCGGGCCGCACGCUGCCAGAGAUCUGUUUUGCUUCUUUUCCAAAUCUGAACAUUAACUCCAACCGGUACGUGAAGUACGUGGACAAGAAUGUGUUAAAUUACGACUCUGAGGGCAUCAUGGGCUGCCUGGGGGUCUUCGUAGCCGCGGCCGCGCGGGGGUCGGUGAUCCGCACCGCCACGCUGCGUCGUGCCGCGGUGCUCACCUGGCUGGUGGCGGGCGCUCUGCUGGCGCUUCUGCUACUGCUCGGCGUGGACGUCCAGAGCGAGGACGUGGAAAACGUCAAGGCGAUGAUCACGGACUUCCACAACCUCUGCAGCUUCUUGCUCGGCUUCUUCCUCUCCACCUGCUACGCGCGGUGGUGGGCCAUACGGGCGGAGGGCAUCGGGGGCCUCUGGGGGGCUCUGGACGACAUCAUCAUGAUCGUGGGGGCCCUGUUUCCGCAGGACUCCGAGGAGGACCGCGCGGUGCGCGAGCGUGUGCUGCGCUGGGGCGUCCUGUCCCACGAGCUGAUGUACAAGCAGAUCCGCAGCGAGGACGACUUCCAGGAUCUGGUCGACAAGGGCCUGCUGCUGCAAGAGGAGGCGGCCAUCAUAGGGCCGCUCUCCUCCCGCCCACAGUGCGUCUGGGCGUGGAUGUGCAGCUACAUGGCCCACCUCGCGUACGGGGAGGCGGCCCACGGGGGCAGCCGCAUGCCCCACGCCGUGACGAUGUUCCCCAAGCUGCUGGAUUUUUGCUGCGCGGCGCGAGAUUCGAUCGGGAAGCUAUUCACCUACACCGACUCGCAGGUCCCGUUCCGCUACGUGCACAUUCUGAGCCUCAUCGUGUGGGUGCACAACAUGGUCCAGGCGCUGGCUUCUGCCGUCCGGUUCGCUUUCGAAUGCCAGAACAAUCAUCACUGGGUAUCUGGUGUCUUGUCGGAGAUGGUGUUUCUGAUGUUCUACCCCGUCGUGUACACGAGCCUGCUGCACGUAGGCGUAGGCAUGCUGAACCCAGUGCGCUCCGCCUCAGACGUUGAUUUUCCGCAGGCGGCUUACACAUCCUACAUGCUGGCGGAGAACAGGUCUUUCAUUCGGAGUUGCGCACCACCCGCCGGUCCGCCUUACUGUCCAGGCCGCCCGCCAGUAUGGAAUCACGAGCAGGCCACCAGUUUUGCCACGAAGCCUUCGCGAGUCCCCGCGUAG